AUGUCAUGGUGCCCAAAAUUACAGAUUUUGGUCUAUCGAGACUUUGACAAUAAUUCACAAGCAGCGACCACAUCGCGUCUUAUGUCACCAGGAUAUUGUGCUCCAGAAUACUUUCUCGAAGGCAAAUCGUCCAGCAAGUCAGAUAUAUAUAGUUUGGGAGUAAUGGUUACAGAGCUGGUGACAGGAAGUAAAAAGGGGCCUGAUCUUACCAAAGUACUUAGAAGAUGGAGGCACAGGUGGAUUAAAUCAUCAAAGCAUACACCCUUGGGUUAUCAACAAGUGACAAAAUGCCUCGAGCUGGCCCAAAGAUGCAUCCAAAUUAACCCGACAGCCAGACCUGACAUAGUAUACGUAAUGGAUGAGCUCAACACAAUAGAUAGUAAGGGUGGCCAAUUCCAGGAAAUCCCUUGCCUGGAGGACAUGGUUGGGAUUGAGCCGCUGGAAAUACACUUCCCCUUUAAACUUGACCCGCAGAUAUCACACUCAAUUGAGAUGACCAACGAUACAAAUGAUUACAUUGCCUUCAUGGCAAAGGCAAGGUCACGCUGCUUCCGCAUAGAGCCAGACAAGGGCAUUGUCCCACCAGGAUCCAAGUGUAGUGUCACCGUAACAACGCAAGCACAGGUCAAUGCACUGCCAAAUAAUCACCACAAGGAGGAGAUCACCGUGCUGAGCACCAGAGUAGAUGGAGGUCUUGCUGCUAUGGAUAUAACUGGAGACGUGUUCAUUGAGAAGGAGGGUACUGUGGUUGAUGAGGUGAUUGUGAUGGUUGUUUUUGACAAACCACCACCGGCUGAUGAGGAAUCCUGA